AUUUUCAGUAAAAUGAAACUAAUAUUGUGAUUUCACAAGAAAAAGCAGGAUUUUGAAGUCAAAGAGAGUGAAACAAAAGCCAGACAGAGCCUUCUGACAGAGAAGAGCUUUCAUUUCUGUUUUGCAAUUGGAGCAACAUAAAGAGGAACUGAUGGUUUUAGGAGAACUGUAGAAAUUUCUGUUUCAGCAGCUGCUUUCUUUCCCAUCCUUCUCUUUGCCCCAGUCUUGUUGGUGAAGGCUUGGGGCUGAUAUAUGGCUGGAACUGUCUGCGCCAUGAACAGCUUCAGGGCCUUGGUCCUCAUCUGGAUGGUGAUAGCAUGUGCUGAAGCAGACAAGCCUCUUGGAGAGACAGGUAUGACUGGAUUUCAAAUAUGCAAGGAUGCCCUGAAACUACCUGUCUUGGAGGUCCUACCAGGAGGAGGCUGGGAUAACCUGAGGAAUGUAGACAUGGGACGGGUGAUGGACUUGACAUACACCAACUGUAAGACCACAGAAGAUGGGCAGUACAUCAUCCCCGAUGAAGUCUAUACUAUUCCUCAGAAAGAGAGCAACCUGGAGAUGAACUCAGAGAUCCUGGAAUCCUGGAUGAAUUACCAGAGUACCACCUCAGUUUCUAUCAACACAGAACUCUCCCUUUUCUCCAAAGUCAAUGGCAAGUUCUCUACUGAGUUCCAAAGGAUGAAGACCCUUCAAGUAAAGGACCAAGCUGUAACUACCAGGGUUCAGGUACGAAACCGGAUCUACACAGUCAAAAUCUCCCCAACUUCAGAGCUCAGCUUGGGGUUUACGAAGGCACUUAUGGACAUCUGUGACCAACUAGAGAAAAACCAGACGAAGAUGGCCACCUACCUGGCAGAACUCUUGGUUCUCAACUAUGGCACUCAUGUAAUCACUAGUGUGGAUGCGGGGGCUGCACUGGUCCAGGAGGAUCACAUAAGAUCCUCUUUCCUCCUGGACAACCAGAACAGCCAGAACAGUGUGACUGCCUCCGCUGGGAUUUCCUUCUUAAACAUUGUGAACUUCAAAGUUGAAACAGACUACACUUCUCAGACCACUUUGAUCAAGAGCUACCUGUCUAACAGAACCAACUCCAGGGUGCAGAGCUUUGGAGGGGUUCCCUUCUAUCCAGGUAUCACCUUAGAAACCUGGCAGAAGGGCAUCACUAACCACCUAGUAGCAAUAGACCGUGCUGGCUUGCCUCUGCAUUUCUUCAUUAAGCCUGACAAGCUGCCUGGCUUGCCAGGUCCCUUGGUGAAGAAGCUGUCGAAGACUGUGGAAACUGCUGUGAGGCACUACUACACUUUUAACACUCACCCAGGCUGCACAAAUGUCGAGUCCCCGAACUUCAAUUUUCAAGCCAAUAUGGACGACGAUUCCUGUGAUGCAAAAGUAACCAACUUCACCUUUGGUGGAGUUUAUCAGGAAUGCACUGAACUGUCAGGUGAUGCUCUUUGCCAAAUCCUGGAGCAGAAGAAUCUGCUCACUGGUGAUUUCUCUUGUCCCUCUGGCUACACCCCUGUCCAUCUGUUGUCUCAGACCCAUGAGGAGGGUUACAGUCACCUGGAAUGUAAAAAGAAGUGCACCCUCAAGAUUUUCUGUAAGACAGUGUGUGAGGAUGUGUUCCGAGUGGCCAAAGCUGAAUUUAGGGCUUACUGGUGUGCGGCCACUGGCCAAGUACCGGACAACUCAGGACUUCUCUUCGGAGGAGUCUUCACUGACAAGAGCAUCAACCCUAUGACAAACUCGCAGUCAUGCCCAGCCGGCUACAUUCCACUGAACCUGUUUGAAAGCCUCAAGGUAUGUGUGUCCCUGGAUUAUGAGUUAGGGUACAAGUUUUCAGUCCCCUUUGGUGGGUUCUUCAGUUGUAUAAUGGGGAACCCCUUGGUUAAUUCUGAUACAACCAAAGACAUAGGAGCACCAUCUCUGAAAAAGUGUCCUGGGGGCUUCAGUCAACACCUAGCUGUUAUCAGUGAUGGAUGCCAAGUGUCCUACUGUGUUAAGGCUGGAAUCUUCACAGGGGGGUCCCUGCUCCCCGUCAGGCUCCCACCUUACACCAAACCACCCCUCAUGAGCCAAGUCGCUACCAACACUGUCAUAGUGACCAGUAGUGAGACAGCCAGAUCCUGGAUUAAGGAUCCGCAGACCAACCAGUGGAAGCUGGGAGACCCUCUUGAGCUCCGUAGAGCCAUGACAGUCAUCCAUGGGGAUGGUAAUGGCAUGUCGGGAGGGGAAGCUGCUGGAAUCACCUUGGGUGUCAUCAUAGCACUAGGAGUUGUCGUCACCUUGGUCAAGUACAGUACUCAGAAGUACAAGAAGAAGAAGAAGGAAUACCAGGAAAUUGAGGAGCAGGAGAGUUUGGUUGGAAGCUUAGCAACAGAUGCCUCGGGCCUUAGUGGAGAACAGGAUCCAAGUCCAGCUUAAUUGUCCCCAGAGGAAACAGUUUCCAGUCAUAGCUUCAAGUUCAUCUUUCGCUUUGUUUUCUCGACUUCGGCCACCCUGAGUGACUGAAGUGACGGUUGCAAUAGGAAGAAAGCCAGUAUCACCACCCUGGGAAGAUUUUCUUAGGCCUCUGCACCAGGAAAUUAAAGAAGUCAUUUUAAGUGGUGUGAGGGAGAGGUGUGAUUCAUUUGGGAAAAGCUGGACUGGGACCAAGCCGCGGAGUGUGCGUGUCCAUUCUCAUAAGAGUCUUUACCUGAAUGCAUGUGUGUGUGUGUGUGUGUGUGUGUGUGUGAGAGAGAGAGAGAGAGAGAGAGAGAGAGAGAGAGAGAGAGAGAGAGAGAGAGAGAGAGAGAGAGAGAGGGGCGGUGGAGAGAUUGGAUUUGGAGAUUGUGCAUUUACUCUGAAUUUGAAGGGCUUUCCAGUUUGUGAGCUGAAGAGAUUUGUGCUUUAAGUGCAUUAUUCCUUUUCUUUUGUUUUCAAAGAGGCCCUCUGGGUUUGAGUCUAGAGGCAAACAUGCCUCUGAAACGCCACAGGAUGCCUUCAUGCCCCCACUCUUUAGCUUUAAGGACUUGUUGAUUGACAGUGUCCUCCCCCAUGAGUCACCUCACAGGCAUGUGAAGGAGCGGUGGGUGGGGUUUAUACGAAUUCCAUUUCUCAACUUCCUCACAGCUAAUUUAGGUCAGCUUUGGGCUUCUGAAGAGUGCGAACAAAUGCUCAGGAGAAAAAUAUAUAACUUAAAAUUUUCUGUUAAGGGGUGAAGGGUGAAGAAAAAGUAGAGAAAUGAGUAAUAAAUUAAGGCUAGAAACGAGGGCUCUGGAGACGAUGCAAGUAUUCCAGGAAACUUUGAAUUCUUAGAUCUGCCAAUUAACAGGGUUAUAAAUGAAAAACUAAACGGAGCUCUAGUUAGGACAGAUCAAGCAGUAUGGUUUCAUGUUCACGUGUCAAAAGCAGAACUCCCUCCUCUCUAUGGACAGCAGAGAUACACACAGGCACCUCACACUGCAACAAGAAGCUUUUAUUUUUCCUAGGGGUAAAAAAUGUGCAAGUCACAAUGAGCCUGCAUGUCAGUCCUACUUCCUCCCUAAAACUAAAGCUACAGAGAAAGUGCUGCCUUCUUCUGCCAGGAUUUUCUUUUUCACACAGUUUGGAAGAGGGGUGGAGUGAUUAAAAAACAAAAUAAAAUGUUAUGUCACAAAGUUAGCUGGAAAAGGCCGUGAUACGUAUUUCAGUUCCAGGAUGGCUUCUAUGGGGCGCCUGGCAGGCCACACGAUUGUCACCAGGUAAUAUUUGGGGUUUUGUCCAAUUUUCAUAUCUGAAAAUUUAAUUCUCUUACAAAUUGGUCAUCUAUUCACCACAGUCCAUCAGUGAGCUAUCUUCUGUGAAAGACGAUGUGUUCUCUCUUUAAUAUUUACAAUCAAGAGCUUGUGCACACAGUAGGCCCUCCUGAAGAGCUGCAAGUGUCUCAGCCUCUGGGAAUAAGGGGGAAGUCCUCAUUCACCUCCAGUUGAAAUACAGAGAGGAAUGAGUGACUGAUUUUGAACUCAACUGCCCAUCCAAGGGGGCUGAUUGCAUAACCUCUCCAUCAAACCUGCCUCUUGAGCAUUAAAAUGUUCUCUUUAACCUCUGAGUACUUUGUGGGUUUGGGAUGUAUUUUAAUGUUUCAUUGAAACCAAUCACCUUUCUGAAAAUACUGGCUUCUUUCUGUAAAUUCUUUAAGGAUUACUGAGUCUGCAAAGCAAGGCAUACCAGACGACUCCCAGAUGUUUAAUGCAGAAACUUCCUGUAGAAGCUUUUAAUAUUUGUUCCAUAAACAUGUAGCUCUACUAACAAAAAUGUUAUAAAUAUGCAUUAAAGUAUAUACUCAGCAAAA